CUCCAUUCUUUUAUUCAUAACCUCAUGUCAGUGCCUUCUCAUCAAGUAGAAACACCGAUGGGAAGCCCAAGUAGACCUUCCAAUAACGAUAUAAACCAUAUCCUACAAAACUAUUUUGUAAAAAAGGGCUUUCAUCAAGGAGAAUACGCGUUUAUACAACAACAAGAGCCUUCUUCAGACCAUAAUAUUGUUUCGCUUGACCAACUUACACAUAAAUUCAAAUCAACGAUACCUACAGAAAAGACGUGUUUACCAGACUAUGUUGAAUCAAUAAAACAAGACCCAGCACAAGCUGAUGCAGAAUCUGCUAUAGCAGCCUAUGAUACUAUUCGAGAAUGGAUAUUAAGUGCACUCGACAUUUACAAGUCUGAUCUGUACCCUUUGUUAUAUCCACUGUUUAUUUAUACUUUUCUUGAUCUCAAAUCAGCUGGUCGCGUAGAGCAUGCUCAUCAACUACUUGAAAAUUACAAGCAUGAUCAUCUAGACACACACAAAGAGGAUAUAGAAAUCAUGGCAGCAUCAAGCACACCAUCCCAUCUAGAAACAAAAUAUUCAAUUCGUAUACCAUCUAUUCCAUUUGAACUGUUCUUUCAGUACAUCAAAGACAAGCAGCUUUCGAGCCUGAUACGAAUUGUGAAGCAUCAUUUAAACAUACACAUCAUCACAGGCAAAUUAACACCAGCAUCUGCAGGCGGAUCUAUGGAUGAAGAUGUGAUGAAUGUAGAUAUGGCUAAAGUGAAAAAAGAAGAAGAAGAAAUAGAGGAUGAUACUUUAUUAGAUACAGUCCAUUUACCAACACACCAUAGUGCAGAUAUUCAAGCAGAACUGGAAUCUCUAAGUGAUUUAAGAAAGCGAGUAGCAUUAGGAAGUGCAGCAUUGCCAAGUGUCUGUUUAUGUACAUUUUAUAAUACGCAUAAUCAGCUGAAUUGUAUUACGAUUUCAAAAGAUGCAACACUUGUAGCAGGUGGAUUCUCUGAAUCAUUCAUCAAGAUAUGGAGUCUCAAGGGCAAAAAACUACAAGGCAAAUUGGAACAAGAAGGCACAGACUAUAAGAAACUCAUAGGGCAUUCUGGUCCAAUUUAUGGUAUCAGUUUUAGUCAUGAUAACAAAUACCUUAUUUCAUGCUCUGAAGACCAAACAGUGCGUUUAUGGUGUCUAGAAACAUACAAAAAUGUUGUUGUCUACAAAAGUCAUAAUUAUCCUAUCUGGGAUAUUGACUUUGGUCCUUAUGGCUUUUAUUUUGCUACAGCAUCACACGAUAGAACAGCUCGCUUAUGGAGUUGUGAUCACGUGAAUCCAUUACGUAUUUUUGCUGGUCACUUAUCUGAUGUGAAUACAGUGCGAUUCCAUCCCAAUUCAAAAUAUGUAGUAACUGGAUCAAGCGAUAGAACAGCAAGAUUAUGGGAUGUUCAAAGAGGAAGUUGUGUACGUGUCUUUACAGGCCACACAGGCUCAAUACAUACAGUGGCAGUCUCACCCAAUGGCAGGUUGAUGGCUUCAGGAGGAGAAGACAAGUCAAUCAUCUUAUGGGAUUUGGGUACUGGCAAAAAACUAAAGUCCAUGACUGGCCAUACUGGAUUUAUCUAUUCAGUCAGUUUUAACUCAGAUAGUACAGUGUUAGUCUCUGGCAGUGCAGAUGGAACAGUGCGUGUCUGGGAUGUGAAUAAAGACACUCCUUACGAUACAAGAAAUGCAGAUAUAGAUCCAAAGCGUACAAAAUAUGACAAGGUGAAUGGCAAGCAAAAAGAAAAAAAGGAGCUCGAUAAAAUCAAGGCAGUAAUGGAUCUCAAGAAGAAAAAGAGUUCAAUAGAAAGUCAUGAUCACUUGUCUGUAUUCCCAACUAAAAAUACGCCUAUUUAUACUGUACAAUUUACACAACGUAAUUUAUGUUUGGCUGCAGGUGCUUUUGCUUCACCUUCCAUUGAUUUUUAA